ACACGCCAUCGAGGAGGCUCUUCACCACAUCCGUGUCAGUCUUUCGUCAAUGCAGCGGACACUGCCCGCCUCUCCCCACCAGCAGCGAUCCCAAUGGAAUCCCAGGGCCAGGAAUGUACAGCAAUCAGGGCGCGGGCGGCCGUCAGAGCGGAAGUCCCGGGGAGCUACAUAAAGCAGGGAGGCCCCGGCACACCCGCACCAGAGCCCGCAGCCUCCAGGGAGCAGCCGCAGCGAUGGUGCGCCUUCACUUGCUGUCCUGCCUCCUCCUCCUGCCGCUGGCCGCCUGCUUUCCUCUCCCGGACAGAGAAGCGCCCAUGGACACCACGGGUGACACUGGAGGCGGAAUGAGCUGGGCCGACCUGGCGGGGGGACACGUAGCCCACUUCCCGCGGAGGCUGAGAGCUCCACACCCACAAGCCCUGCUCGCCAUGGCCAAGGAGCUGCAGAUGUCAGGCCGAGCGCGUGCCGGCUUCGGGCUCCGGUUCAGGAGGCAGGAUGACGGCCUUGGGGAAGCCGGCUCCCUCCUGGCUGAUGGCAAGAAGGCUGGUAGCCAGUUAGGGACCCUGGCCGACGAGAUCAGCGGCCACAACAAGAAUAAAGGCGGCUUCCACUUCCGCUUCGGCCGGCGGUGAAGGGCCCAGGGCAGCCUGCCCAGGGUUUCCCCUCGGCCCCCUCCCCGCCUCCAAGAGCCUGAAAAGGGGUGGUAUUACUGUAAUAAAUGAUUAGCUGGAGGACUGGUUAAGUGGUGCUUUUGAUUUCCAACUUUGCUGAAGCAA